CCCGAGCCCUGGAGGAAGUAGUAGUACCACCGGCAACCCUCUUUUCCCGACCCCGAGUCCGAGUCCGAGUGGGGGCGGAAUUCCAGUAUUUCCGAAUCCGACUCCGGGUGGGGGCGGAUUUCCGGUAAUCCCAACUCCUGGACCUGCCAGCACCCUUUUUCCCGGUCAGCCCGUCACCACGUAUCCUGAGUAAAAACGUCCCGACCCUAGAGUUGUCAUGCAAAUCUGCAUGCCUAAAAACAUUUUAAAAAUGUUUCUCAUGCGCAACCCCAUGAGCAGCGCGACUUUCUCACACUGUCUGGUACUUUGUCAUGCGCUAGUCAGGAUAGGGAGCUGGAUUUGUGAUGCGACUUUACUAGCCAAUAAACACCACUACACUAGAGACCCAAACUUGUCAUGCGCAACAGCCAAAACUUGCUAACUUGUGUAGCACGAAUCCCAUCUUGACUCUUGGGUGGGGACGUUUUUACACACGAGACCACGCCACCACCCUUCACGUGGGCGCCCGCGUUCCCCGUUGUUACAACGCAAGCACCAGUAUGACAGUGCACAACCUCCCCUCCCCCUCAUUUGUAUGGCAUGAACAGCAACACAAGCAACAGCAGAAAAGGGGCUUUCGCAUGACAAAUCUUCAUGCGGAUUGUUGUACUUCUUGACGUUCCAAAAUUUGUCAUGCUAGCAGUGCUUACGAGCAAGAUAGGAAUUUGGUACUUUGCAUGACAAAUGAGGGGGAGUGGGAGUUGUGCACUGUCAUAACCCGGCGGGGGAAUUCCGCAGCCCGAAGCGCCCCCCGUGCGAACCACGCCACCGGCGAACACGUGGACGCCAGUGGAGACGCUUUCGACGUUCCCGCCGAUUCCGCAGCCGGAAGGACCCCC